GAACCUAACACCACUUGAAUUAAACAAAUACUUACAUUUAGUCAAUAAAAUCUUUAUGCUUUAUAUAAACUUACUGAUAAAUCACUUUCAAAGUUUCGAGUGCCAGCCGCCAAUGCAAAGGAGUCGAGCCGGGCUUAUAAAGUUGCAACGCGGGAGAAUAGACUUUCUAACAGCAGCUAGCCAGACCAUUCGAAGUUGUGAUCGGGAGAGAGACGCGCAGUGUUGAUUUCAGAGUUGUGAGCAGAAAAAUUUCUUGACUGGACUUCCGAAGUUUCGAAUGAUGCUAUGAUGUUUAUAGUAUGCCAAGGGAUACUUUUUCAAGAUUAUGCAUAGAAUAAUGAAGCAAUGACUAGAAUUGUGUUCUAGGUAGAACUGCUCACGAUUACAUAAGAAUGACGUGCUCAAUUCGAAUAAAUUAUGGUGUAACUUUUGCAUUUAUGUUCGUAGAAAUUAAAGUUGCAGUGACUGCUAUUUAGCCGAGUGGUGCAGUUUAAACGUGAUGUACACUGUGAAGCAUAAUUAAUGAAAUUCUGCAUUUGAUUGAGGUUAUUUUAGAAAACUAUCGUCGUAGAGUGCCCGGGUUUUCUAGCUAUUAUACCAAGAAACAGUGAAUCUCAGAAAUUAAUACUUUCUUUAUUUAAAAUAUAAUAUAUUUUUUUAUUUAUAAUACAAUAUCUUUUUUUUACUGUAAAGUGUCAUUUAUUGCGAACAUCUUGAAGCUGUUCUCCAUUGGAUCGAUAAAUGAACCAUACAAUGACAGUAGAGGAAAAAGUUAUAUCUGAAGCCAUGCACUACGCUGUUGGUCAAAUAUGCCAAGAGGUAGGUGAAAAAAUUGGAGUAAAAUUCACCCCCGAAGUGAUGGCAACAAUAGCAAACAUCGUCUCGACCCAGCUUGACGUGUAUGCCGACGACUUAGCAUCUUUUGCAAGGCACGCUAGAAGAACUAUCGUAUCCACUGAAGAUGUACAGUUAAUCGUGCGUCGCAAUCCUUCUCUUAAAGCUCACAUCGAGGACAAAGCCGUGGAGUAUGGACUGCAUCAGACGAGUGAGAAAGGCCUGAAGAAAAAGAAACCAAUGCAGGCAAAAAUUUCUGUCUGCUCGCCCGUUCGUGAAGCAGAAGAUGAAAAUUCGGAUCAAACUGACGUUGGAACUGGAGGGUUGAAAAUUGGUCAAGAUUCGGCGGCAGUUGGGACAAUGCCCAACGAAAUAACGGUUCCUCCUAAGGAUGCAGAAGCGGCUAGGGUCAAAGCAACGGGAGCCAAAGCUGGACCCAGUACCGUUUGGCCUGAUUUUCAGUUGGACUUUGAUAAUAUUGAAACAAUCGACUGAUAUUUUUUUUGGGGUAAUAAUGUUUGUAAGUUUCAUACUUUUUACGGUACUGUUACUGUUAUAGUACUUUUAUCUUAGCCGAGUUUCCAAUAAUAAACGUUUCAGUAAGUUUUUUGUAUAUAAUUUGAUUUCAUUCGAAAAGUGGUUUGAAAUGAU